AUCAAUCAGUUGUCAAUCACUCAGAGGCCACGCCCUAUCCAACCGCGCUCAAGGAAAUCAACGACAUUGACAGCGUUUCCUACUCUUGUUUACUAACAUUUCACGCAAGCUGCAAAGCUGUGGUUUGGUUCUUCCAAAACUUUCGAAAUGGCUUCAGGCUUCAGGAAACCCAGCGCCACCACGAACCAGAGAAAGAGAACCGGUCCUAAACCAGAACUGACAGAGGAACAGAGGCAGGAGAUCAAAGAGGCGUUCGAUCUGUUUGACACAGAUGGGUCUGGAAACAUCGAUGUAAAGGAACUGAAGGUAGCUAUGCGAGCUUUGGGGUUUGAGCCGAAGAAAGAAGAGAUAAAAAAAAUGAUUGCGGAUAUUGAUAAAGAAGGAUCGGGCGUAAUCAGCUUUAAUGAUUUCCUUUCUAUGAUGACGCAGAAAAUGAGUGAGAAGGACUCAAAAGAAGAAAUCCUGAAGGCUUUCAGGCUAUUCGACGACGACUGCACCGGCAAAAUCUCUUUCAAAAAUCUCAAGCGAGUGGCCAAAGAGCUCGGGGAGAACCUCACGGAUGAGGAAUUACAGGAAAUGAUCGACGAGGCUGACAGAGAUGGUGAUGGAGAGAUUAAUGAGCAGGAGUUUCUACGGAUAAUGAAAAAGACCAGUCUCUACUGAAUCCCUUCAACUCUAAAGCUAAAGCUAUUAAAGCGUGUCUAUAAGUCUCUUAAAAGACUUGGAAGUGUUGAUUUGUGUUUCUUUCUUUUUCUUUUCCUUUUCCUUUUUUUUUUUUUUACAAGGUUGUAAAAACAUUUUAAUCUAUACAUAUUUUGUACAGUAUUAAAUAAAAAUGUAUUGGCA